AAGAAAAAAAAAAAGAAAAAAAAAAAAAAAAAAAAAGAAGGCAUUGGUGAUAGAGGGCAGCACCGGGCUGAAGGAGGAGGACAAGAUGGCGGCGCCCUCACUGCUGAGCUGCGGCCGGAUGGCUGCCCGCAAGGCGGUGCAGCUGGAGGCCUGGGGGCUCCGAGGGGCGACGCUGUGCACCCGGCCAGGAGGCUCCGGGACGCCGCCGGACAGUAUGGCACCACAGGGAGGCACCAUGAUACUAGCCACCAAGGCAACAGUUGAAUUUCCUAAAAUGCUGUCUUCUAACUCUCACCCAGUAUCUGCAAAAGAAGGUGGGAGCACACUGAAUACUAAUCCAAAGGAAGCUUCAAAACCUGAUGAAGAUCUGAGAAUGUUGAUGUCAAAAAAAACUGUGGUUGCAUUUCCUCAGCGAGUGAUUGUUUCUUCCCUUGAAGAGGCAAGACUUAGUAAAAUUGCAAAAGGAGGAGGCAUAAGGAAAGAGCUAGCUGAAGAAGAAACUUCGUCUUCAUCCAGCUCAGAUUCAGAUUCUAGCUCAGAUUCCGAAGAAGAAAAUGAUGAUGGUGAUGAGUCAGGAGUUUCCUUUAAAACCAGAGUGGAGUUUCCUAGGCGAGAUUCCAUCUUUUCUGAGAACACACCAAUAAAGACAUCACAGCUACCAAGAGGUGACUUGUUCCAGAAAGACCACGAAGAAUACGUAGCUAAGAAGAAGCCAAGCAAAACGGAAACUGAUGUACCUACUAUCAAGAAGGUUGCAUUUUCUAAAGCAUCAGUCAGUCAUGAAACAUUAAAAUCCAAAGCAAGGGACCCGAACACAAAAUCAACUCCAAAAGAAGCAGAUCAGCAGAAGCUAGUUUUAGAACCACACUUGAAAAAAAAACAAGUCUUGACAGAUGCCACUCUGAAAUCUGAUUAUUUGGAGGAAAAGUCCCCGAGAGCCCAAAUGGCAACUACUCAGCUGAAAGCUCCAUCAGUGACUCAGGAAGGCAAAAAGCAAAACCUGAUAUCUAGAACGGAAGGAAAAAAAGGAAAGGAGACACAGAAAUCAGAAGCAGUAAAGGUAGCUUCUCCUAAACAGGAAGAGGAGAUUUCUGAAAGCACAGCGUUGGUGAUGGGUACAAAGGAAGAGACUGUUCAGGAAGCGGGAGUCCAAACUGGAGAAAGCAGCACCAUAGAUGAGGCUACAGCAGCUGCUCAGCCUGCUCCAGAAGAAUUUGAUAAUUCUACCUACAAGAACCUCCAGCACCAUGAAUACAACAUCUAUACCUUCGUUGAUUCUGUUGUGGAUCUCUCAAAAUUCAGGCAACCUCAGCCAUCUUCUGGAAGACCAUCACCAAGGCACUGAAAGACCCACAAUUAAAUGCACAAGCAGAAUGAUAAAUUCUUCUAUUUAGCUCUAAUGUAUCAUCUGUUAUAAAUCAAUAAAUGCAUGAUAAAUAAUG